GUUAUGAGCCGUCGCCGUCUGUGUACAAGAAAAAAAAACUCAAUUAAGCAUUUUCGUUGGUAUAAAACCAAAGGGACCGUUGCCGUUUUCGUCAGUGUAUCGUCCGAUCUUCCAGAGGGUCUACUGCACGGCAGCACAGAAAGCAACAGAAACAACGACUUCAUCUCGAAAACUUAGACGAUGAACACUUCAGCCAAGAAAAUCGUCUUCCUGGUCGCCGCGCUGGUAUUGAUCGCCAUCGUCGAUUAUACGGCGGCGGACAUGGCGGACGUUGGAAUGUGCAUCAGGAACUGCGCGCAGUGCAAGAAGAUGUUGGGCGCCUAUUUCGAAGGACCGCUGUGCGCGGACGCAUGUGUCAAGUUCAAAGGCAAGAUGAUACCGGACUGCGAGAACAUCGAAUCCGUGGCGCCGUUCCUCAACAAACUCGAGUGAUUUCAAACCAGUGACCCUUGGACCGAUUAUAUUUAUAUGAUAAAAUGCAUUUUCAAAAACAGUUCAUCGUAAUUAUAAUAACACAUACACCAUAUACGCUACACUUACAGGCUGCAGCCAUACUUUCGACUUAGUCGAUAGUGCUAAUGAAUUAAUGUAAAAUUAUUUUAUGUAUAUUUGUUUGAAAUAAAAACAUAAUCCAUACUUAAAA